CUGCCGUGGGAGCCUCUCGGUGUUCCUGGCCCCGCCGCUGUCCUGCAUGCCCAGCCAGGCAACCACCGGGCCAGGACGACCUCGCCACCAGACCGGGUCAGUGCAGGAGUGGUGGCAGCCAGGAGAACCCCCCAGGGACUCAGCAAUGCUGGAACUGCGCCCGCAGCCGCUUCGGGACCGGUGAGCAGGGUGGGGGAAAGCCCCAUGGGGCUUCAUCUGCUUGAGGGGCCAGGCCAGCAUGGAGCCAGCCAGCGCCCUUCCCAACACCUCCGGUAACGGCAGCGGCGCUGGCAGUGCUCCACACUCCCCCGCAGCCACGGGGCUCAUCUUGCUGGCAGCCCUGUCCGUCCUGCUGGCCACACUGGUGGGCAACGCUCUGGUGGUGGUGGCCAUCUCCACCAGCCGGGCCCUGCAAGCCCCACAGAACCUCUUCCUCGUGUCCCUGGCCUCGGCAGACAUCCUGGUGGCCGUCCUCGUCCUGCCCUUCUCGCUGGCAAAUGAGGUGAUGGGCUACUGGUACUUUGGUGGGCUGUGGUGCAGCCUAUACCUGGCGCUGGACGUGCUGCUCUGCACCGCGUCCAUCGGGCACCUCUGUGCCAUCAGCCUCGACCGCUACUGGGCUGUCACACGGGCGGCGCGGCUCAACCUGCGCCGCAGCCCGCGGCGGGUGAAGGCCAUGAUCGGGGCGGUCUGGGCAGCGGCGGCCCUGGUGGCACUGCCACCGCUCCUGCGGCCGCGGCCGGGCGGGCGGGAGUGCCAGCUGAGGCAGGAGACCUGGUACGUGCUGGCCUCCUGCGCCGCCUCCUUCUUCGUGCCCUGCCUCAUCAUGGUCGCCGUGUACUGCCGCAUCUACCGCCUGACUGCGCGGCAGACAGCCGGCCUGCUCGCCGCCCGCUCUCCACGCCCUGCCAGCGGCGAUGGAAAGGUGUCGGGCGUGGGGAUGCUGAGGUGGCGCUGCCGCAGCCAGCACCAGAGUGUGUUGCUGUGCCGCCGGCGGCUGGUGCGGGCGCGGGAGCGGCGCUUCACUGUCGUGCUGGCUGUGGUGAUGGGCGCCUUCGUGCUGUGCUGGUUCCCCUUCUUCUUCACCUACAGCCUGGGGGCUCUCUGUGGGCAGGGCUGCCGUGUCUCCAAGCCCCUCUUCAACUUCUUUUUCUGGAUCGGCUACUGCAACAGCAGCAUCAACCCCCUCAUCUACACCCUCUUCAACCGGGACUUCCGUGCUGCCUUCCGCCGGCUCCUCGCCGUCCCCCACCGGCACCGCUCUUAGGGACCCGUUGGGACACUGGGGACGUGGCCCCCAGCCCUGCUCAGUGUUCACAGCACCUGGCCACACCACAGACCCUGGAUGGCAGUGCCAGUGUGCAGCUCAAGGUGCUUCUGGAACUGCAGGACUGAAUAAAUGAGACCGAAUCCUGUGCCUGGGGCUGGCAUCUGCCUUCAGGGAGCCCAGCAAGAGGCACCGACUGCCAGCACCUUUUGUCACCCGCAUCACCCCACACACAUGCCUUGCAGCAGUGGUGGUGACAACUUGCUGAGUGAGCCCUCCCCACUCUCAGAUGAAUGUCUGUGUCCCCCAGCACUCUCUUGUGAAGGGGAUGGACCCCAUGGCUGCUGCGAGGAGACAAAACUCUUCCUGUGGCAGAGUCACCAGCACUGGGCUGAGCUGGCUGUGCCACCACAGCAGCCCAGCCCGAUCCCUGUGCCUCUCUGUCCCCUCUGGGAACAUGCCAGCUGUGCAGUGUCGUGGGGGGUCUGUGAGGGCACACACGUACCCACAGUGGGGUACAAGGGUUGCAGUCUGGCAUGGAACACCCCACAUCCUGCUCGGGGACUGUACUGGGAUCUUGCUGCAGGAGGGAAAGCAGGAAUGACAUCCCAGAGCCAGAAAGGCUGUUCUCCCCUGGGAGAGUGUCAGAGAUGGGAUCGCAUGGGAACAGGCUCCGGCACAGCCUGACGUGCAAGAGGCCACAGAGGCAGCUGUGGGGCGAAGACCCAGGGACAACCACAUCCCCCUUGGGGGGCAGGAACCGCCCCACACCCACCCUGCCUGGCUGCCUGCCUCGCUCUGCACAGACACCCGCAGGUCAGGGGCUGCUCCACUUCUUCAGCUUUGCUGCUCAAAAUAGAAAUUCUCAAAACA